AUGGAAGAACCAGAGCUUCACUUCUGGGGCAAAACCCCAGAGAAAGAGUACUACACCCAACAAGGAAUCAAAUCAUCCAACUCACUCUACACCUCACCAAGAGGCCUCAAACUCUUCACCAGAUCAUGGCUUCCUCUACCACCCUCCCCUCCACGUGGCAUAAUCUGCAUGGUCCACGGAUACGGCAACGACAUCAGCUGGACUUUCCAAUCCACCGCAAUUUUCCUCGCGCAGAACGGCUUCGCCUGCUUCGCCGUCGACAUCGAAGGACACGGCCGAUCCCAAGGCUUAAAAGCUUACGUACCGAAUGUAAAUCUCGUAGUUCAAGAUUGUACAUCGUUCUUCAAAUCUAUCAAGAAUUCAGAUCCCCAAAUUAAUGGGUUACCGUCGUUUUUAUACGGCGAGUCAAUGGGCGGCGCAAUUUGUCUUCUGAUCCACCUGGAAAAUCCAAAUGACUUCACCGGCGCAAUUCUCGCCGCACCCAUGUGUAAAAUCUCCGAUAAAAUAAAACCCAGAUGGCCAAUUCCGCAAGUCCUAACCCUAAUCGCCAAAUUCCUACCGACUCUCCCGAUCGUGCCGACGCCGGAUGUGUUAUCAAAGUCGAUAAAAGUCGAGGAGAAGAAGAGAAUCGGGGAGAUGAAUCCGAUGAGAUAUCGCGAGAAGCCGAGAUUGGGUACGGUGGUGGAGUUGUUGAGAGUAACGGAGUAUUUGGCGGGAAAAUUGGGGGAAAUUAGGGUUCCGUUUAUUGUAUUACAUGGGAGUGACGAUGAGGUAACGGAUCCGGCGGUGAGCAGAGCUUUGUAUGAAGAAGCAAAAAGUUCAGAUAAAACGAUUAAAAUUUAUGAGGGGAUGAUGCAUUCUUUACUGUUUGGUGAAACGGAUGAGAAUAUUGAAAUUGUAAGGGGUGAUAUUAUUUCUUGGUUGAAUGAUAGAUGUUAAUGAAAUUUUUCAGUGUCGAUUUAAGAAUUUUAAUUGAAUUUUAAAUCUUAA